CUUUCUUCCCGAACUUUCAUCUUGGAUUGGUACGUCAAAUAUGGAAGAUCUAAUACGAUCUUUGCGUAACCUGGGACUAAGGCCACCAGAUCCAGGGCAACUGUGGGAGCUGCUGGAUGAUGACAAAGAAGUUCAAACUAGAUUAGUGAAGCUUUUGGCGUUCAAUGUAGCGCCUAAUGAAGAAGAUGGUGAAGGUGAACAAGGACUAGGUGGUGGUAAUGAUGUAGCAGCAUUGAUGGGUCAAGACUUAUUACAAGAAGCAGUUUCGGCACUUUUGGAUAACUUCAAAAGAAUGCUUGAAAAACAGCGACAGACUGCACAAAGAGAAGAAGCAAUCAUAACAGAUUCGACUCAGGAACCACAGGAAGGAAAGGCCAACAAAGGAAGCAAAUUAUCUGUCGCUCCGAAGAAAGUCAAGCUUCCACCACGAAAAGCUCUUUUCCUAAGACAUGAAGCAGCGAUCCGUAAAGAUGAUGAUGAGCGGUCGACUGCCAGAGGGUACAGACCCAGACUGGUGUUUGAUGGCUCGACAUCCUUCCAUUCGAGAAGACAAGUAGCAGAUUUGGAAACAAUAGCAUGCAAAGACUUGGACGUUGCACCAAAGAGAUUCACAGGAAAGAAGCUUGUCGUUCGAGUCGUCUCAAGCUUACUACUAUAUGUCGGUGUAUCCUUCCUUGCUGAAGAUCCAGACGGGAACGUAAUCUCGGUAGCGAUUUCUCAUUUUACAUCAAACGUAAAUGCUACAAGAGAAAAUAUCUCCAGCCUUCUGCCGAUCGGUACCAUUUUGGCGAUUCGUGAACCAUUCCUUUCCAUUGAUCAUCAGGCAAGAUCAGGACCGUGCACCGGAAAAGCAGAUAUUGGAAUUCGAGUCGACAGUCCGACAGAUAUUGUCCUGCUCAGCGAGAAAGAAGCAUCAGACCUGAAGUGGACUACCGAGCUGCCUACAACGACAAACAAUAACGAUACCGUGGACGCAAUACCAUGGCUUUAUGAUCCCACUCACUCAUCUGAUUGGGCCAGUACGGCGAAGAAGCUGCAGGAAGCUGGUCGACCGGGUGCCGCUUACAGAGCGAUGCUCAGAUGUGAACAAGAUAAAGGUCACGUUGAUACCACUUUGCAAUCUUCAAUCCUCUUCAGCCUCACCGCAUGGCAAGGAGCUCAAGAUGUGCUAACAAAAGCCGUUGAUAAGUUAAAUGGAGGUGUCAUACCAACUGGUAAAGCCGGCGAUUUUGGCACUGCAUUCGGCAGAUUAUCAAGCAUAGACGCUGUCGAAAGAUGUUCUUUAAGACAAGUACAAGCGAAGCAAGGCCUCACUAUGGACGACGUUCGCUCAAUCUACCUUUCCGCUCCUCAUACACCAAGAUUCGAUACAAGUGACUUCAUCGGUCCUGUAGCAGUGCAAGAUAUCCCGGGAGCUGGAAGAGGUCUUGUUCUGACAAGGGAUGUUGAACCAGGAGAGCUACUACUUUGUUGUCGUGCAGUAGGAUCGGCAUAUCCUGACGAUGCUGAGAGUAAGAAUUCGCCCAUUUUGAGGUUGAACUUAAGCAACGGAGUGGUCUCAACGACAAGUCAAGUACGUGCCCAAACAAAUCUAAUCCACAAGAUCAUCGAUAGACCAGAGCUUGCACUGCCUGUGUUGGGUCUCACUGCUGGACCGUCGAUGGAAUAUUCCGAAUUCGUUCAUCAACCUUUCCCAAUGACUGUACAGCCAAAGCUUGACGGAGCAGUAGAUGGAUCCAACCCUUCCGUUGAUCCGGCCUACGUUGACGGCGUUUUACGCUUCAAUGCUUUUGGACCUGCUCAAGCACCUGAUAGAAAGGAUACAGAAAUUUCUCAAAAUUCGCUCGUCGAUUUUGGGGAACUAGGCAAAAGUACUAUGCCACACCCUCUACCUGCAAUUCUCAAUCAUGCAUGCCUACCAAAUGUUUCAUCAAUAUUCUUUUCGGAUAUCGUCACAACAAGAGCUUUGAUUACUAUGAAGAAAGGCACGGAAAUUGUACAUCAAUAUGUUCGAGGUGAAAUCCCGUAUGCUGUACGAUCUGCACAACUAAGCAAGCAUGGCUUCGAGUGUGGAUGUACGCUAUGCUCUUUGGAUCGUGCUGAUGGUACGGAAAUGUACACACAAAGGGCAAGGAUCAUGCAAGGAGAAUCAAGCGCAAUAUUUGAACGUAGUAGAGUAUUGAUGAAGCGUAUUAAUACCUCCAAAUUGGGUUUUACUGGUGAAGGAACUGAAAUUAGUGAUGAAGACAUGGAUGCUCAUAAAGAUAUUUUGAGCUCUCUACAGCAACUUCUUGAGCGAGUCGACAAGACUUACGCAACAGACCGUGGAGAAUUGCGUCCUGAUCUUCUGGCGAUAUAUGAAAUCAUGGCGAAACAUGUCGCUCUGGUACAUCACGCAGAUAAAGAUCACAAAGAAAUUCAAGAGACAGUUGUCAAAGCUGUGCAAUGCGUCGGAGGAAGUAUUGAGGUGAACAAUGACAAUUCUCAAAAAGGCAUCUUUGUCAGUUUGCCACGGUUACAUAUGGACGGUGUGAUCGGUCUGAUAUUGCUGGCAGCCGUCGUUCUUGAAAAUGCUCAACUGCACCAGAAAGCUCGGUCAUGGUGCCGUGCUGCGUUUUAUGCACACCAGUGUAUGAUCGGAGGUGGUCUAGACGUUUUCAUGGAUCGUUGGCAGGUAGCUGAGUUUGAACCAGCAUUGGUAUUAUUGCGAGCAGACGUAAGAAUGUGUUGAAAACCAAGCACUUGUAUUUAUAUUGUU